GAGUAUGAAUUUCUUCUGCAGUUGUUUUCAUAUAAAGCUUCAUAUCACCAGUACUGUAGAGAGUAUCCUCUUUUAAUACUGUCCUUUCUUUCAUUGGAGUCCGGCCCCAAGCUCUCGUUAUAUGCAGGAGCACCUGCUUAACCCGCACUACCUCACCCUUUACCCUUCCCCUUCCCCUAACUGUAGACCAAACCACCUCCAGCUCCAAUGGCUGCUGCUUUAGCUGCUGUGAGUCCUAGCACAGUCUUUCCUGCUGUUAGGUUCAAUGUGAGCGGUACCAGAUACACUGUAGUUAAACAAGUGGCAGAAUUAUUAGGGAUGGUCGUUGUUGAUAAUGAAGAAGACACAGACUGUGAUCUUGUGUGGAUUGAUACUGCCAUACCUUUGGAUAAAUAUAUGCAAUUAAAGCCAUACCAAAUUCUUAAUCAUUUUCCUGGUAUGGGGGAAAUUUGUAGAAAAGAUUCCUUGGCAAGAAAUAUUCAAAAGUUACGAAUCUUCAAUAAUGAAGAAUAUUCAAUAAUACCUAUGACAUGGAUACUACCAUCAGAACAUGGUGCAUUGAGCCACUAUAUGAGAGAAGUCAAACGAAGGGGAAAGUCCAAAACCCUAAUAGUGAAACCACCAAACGGAGCAAUGGGCAACGGGAUCAGUCUAGUACGUAGUCUUGACUCUAUUCCUUUGGGUGAAAACCUAAUUGUUCAAGAGUACAUUGAAAAGCCAUUGCUAUUGGAUGGAUUCAAGUUUGAUUUAAGAGUUUAUGUGCUAGUAACAUCUUGUAAUCCACUCAGAAUAUUUGUGUAUAAAGAUGGACUGGUUAGAUUAUCAACCCAACCUUAUAAUGCUCCAACUGAUACCAAUAUAGGAGAGCAGUUCAUGCAUUUAACUAACUAUUCCAUCAACAAACACAGUCAACAUUUCAAUAAAGAUGAAGACUUUGAUAAAGGCAGUAAAAGGUCUUUACAAUAUUUUAAUGGUUGGUUGAUGAGAAAUGGACAUAACAUCACCGAACUCUGGGACAAGAUACAUGAUGUAAUAAUCAAGACGUUGAUUGCUGCUCAGCCACACCUACAGCAUUCCUACCAAGCUUGUCGUCCUGGACUGAGUUUCACUGAUAAGUGCCAUUGCUUUGAAAUACUCGGAUUUGACAUAUUGAUUGACGAAACUCUUAAACCAUAUCUCCUAGAGGUAAACAGGUCUCCUAGCUUUGGUAUUGAAACUAAAUUGGACCAUCACAUCAAGACUGGGGUCAUUACUGAUGCCAUCAAGAUAAUGAAUAUCAAACCAUCAGACAGAACAAGAAAGCUUUCAUUGCAAAGAGCUGCUUCAAGGAGAAGGUUACUGCAAUCAAGUUUAUCGUCAAGACCAGGAGGAGGAGGGAAACAACAUUUAGACUUUGUCACUGAACAUGAAGAAGGUGCAUUGCUACUGGAGAGGAAGAGAGAGGAAGUGAAAAGUCGAUUGCUUGAGGUUAGAAGAAAUCGAGAAAUGGAGCAACACGAGAAAGAAUCAAUGGGACAUUAUCAAAGGAUUUAUCCAUCAUUUGAUAUUGAGAGACAAAUAUUUUAUGAAACGGUACUUGCUGAGUCAGCUAAAAUAGGCUAUACAGGUAGGAAUCAAUACCAGUCCAGCAGUAUAGUCAAAGGUUUGGAUAAAAUGAGAGAAAAAGAACUGCUUGAGUUAUUGUGUCAAUAUGAGACUGAAGAGAAAUUCAAUUGUGUACCUACUGCUGUUGACUGGUUUGAAUGCCAUGGAUCGUUCUCUCCUACACUGCAACCAUUGUCUUUUUAUGACUCGUCUCCAAUGGGUCCCGAGUUAAAAGCAAUGGCAGCUAGGGAGCACGAAGAGGAGCAGACCCAAAGGACUAUGUUAGCACUGAAUACUCUCCAAUACUCUUAUCCUGGCAAAGAGCAAGCUGAAGUCAUUAAAAUCAUUAAUGAGGUGCAAGCUGAUUGGUUGAAACAUAGAUCUGAUGUAGGCACCUUUUGGUUAAUAACUUUAGAUAAUGUGAAAAGGCGACAAUUAUUAAGUCCGGUAAAAGAAUCGAUUAAGAAUUUAAUUAAAACUAUUUGGAGGUCAACAAUAGUCGAGUCAAUUCGUUUGUAUAAAAUUUUUGUUCAUUUGUUUAACUUUUUGUUAUCGAAUCAUGGACAUGGUCUAUGGCUCACUGUGCCCGGAGGAACUGGUGGAAGUAACCAAUGGGAGAAGUUGUUUCAAAAGAAACAUGAAGUUUUAUCAAUUAGUGAACUUCACUGCUGUAGGCGGUUGAUAGAAUUGUGUCGUGGUACAAUAACAGCAGCUUAUUACUAUUAUAAAAGAAAGGACAAGACAGAACAUAUUGAUGACACAAGAGGUAGAAGAAGAUCAGAAGGAUCUUUAGUAAUAGCAAGAAGUAGAGCAAGACUGUGUCAUGGGUCAGUGGCCAGAAGAACAACUCAUCAUUCUCUUCACUUACAUUUGAAAAAACCUUUUACCACUUAACAGUUUACCUAUUCAUUAUUUAUGAUGUUAAUUUACAUAUUGAUUCAUUCUUUAACAGAAAACAUGCCACCA